GGCGCGGCCGGGGCGCUGGCGGGCCUCGGCGGCCUGCCUGGCGCGCCCGGCCCCGACGGCAAAGCCAAGCUCGAUUUCCCCGAGGGCGUCUUUGCGGUGGCCCGGCUCACGGCGGAGCAGCUCGGCCUCAAGCAGCAGGACAAGGCGGCAGCGGCGGCCGAACUACUGGCCCAGACCACGCACUUCCUGCACGACCCCAAAGCGGCGCUCGAGAGCCUCUACCCGUUGGCCAAGUUCACGGCUGAGCAGCUGGGGCUGAGCCCGGACAAGGCGGCCGAGGUGCUGAGCCAGAGCGCGCACCUGGCGGGGGGGCCCGACGGCCGGACCAUUGACCGCUUCUCCCCCACUUAGAAGGCCCUUCUCCCCAGCCCUGAGCGGGGACUGCACUGCGCCCCCCUCGCCGGCUUGGGUGGGAAAUGCUCGGGAGGGAUGGCAGCAACUGCAACGAGCAACCGAGGGAGCCCCCCCUUCUGCCCUCUGGCCCUCCCCGGCCACACCUGGCGGAACCGUUUUGUGCCUU